CUCUCCCUAUAUCCACGCUGCUGGUAAAGUGAUUGAUAUUCUCUUGUUGGAGUUGGACCAACAACAGAUACCAAAUUCCCAUUACACUAAUUCCAUACCCCAAUGGAGUAUGUGCUGGGAACCGCCCUUAAUCAGAUGGAGUCUAACACUUUGGACGCCACGAGUCCUCCUCCUCACAAUCUGCAGAAACCUAUUAAAAGCCCAGUUUCGCAAAAUACUGCGGCUGCUCCCUGCAAAUCUGUGACUCCUAGUCGUCUUAAGGUUCCCAAGGCUUUCAAAUAUCCUGAGAGGUAUACUAGUCCAACCGAUCUUAUGAUGUCUCCGGUGUCGAGAGGACUUCUUGCCAGAAGUAGAAAGCCCGGCGCCCUCUUACCUCCCUCCAACAAUCAACCCCAUCAGCUUCAAGGUUUACAGCGUCAGGAAGUCAGACUUUUCGGGAUAUGAAAUUUUGGGUCAGUGGAGCAGCAGUUGAAGAAUUCUUUCACCUUUCGGUCUGAUAAUCAGCAAAACAGAGACCACCUAAUGGGGUUCUCCAUUUCUUUGCCUCCCUUUUGUUUCAAAAUUUUUUGAUCUAUUAGAAAAGUGGUCUGUAUGUCGUGUACUUUUGUCGAAUAUAAUGCAAAGGGUUCACCUUCUCCGUA